AUGACCAUCCUAUCUGAGGAAACACUUCAUAAGAACGGGGUAACUGUGUGGCUGUCCUAUGCACGAAAGCUCAAGUAUAUUACAAUCGCAGCAGAAGACUAUCGAGAUACAAGUGUGAGUGAUGGUCAGUAUCAUGUGGCCUACAGUCAACAAGACGUUGUAUUUGUUAUUGUCAGUGACUAA